GAACCGAAAACAUUUUUAUUACAACUCAACUGUGGCUCUUAUAUUCAUAGAUUUGUUACAUCCAUAAUUGACUCAAAUUUUUAUAAAAGCGGUCCAUUUUACUUCAGAGUGUCAGUUCUUGUUUGAAAUACGUUGCUGAAGCAACGUCUGUGGAGAACAUGACUGAGGAGAGACGACUCAUAUGGCGUAAACCAGUGGAAGCUCUCAAUAAAAUUGCCGGCAAACAGCAUGUUCCCUGGUACUUUGCUAGUGGAUUUAUAUUGUUUUGGUGCUUGCUGUUCUUUGGGAUUGUAAUACCAUAUUUUUACUGGUUGCCCACGGCACUGACAUUAGAGGACGAGGGGAAAAAUGUGUUUAUUUCGGAGUGCGCAUAUCGCAAUCUAUAUAAUCUAUCUAAUAUUGGAAUUAAAAUAUCCGGAACUGACAAAAAUGAAGUUGAGGCUGUAAACUUUCUAUUAAGUGAAUUGGGAAAAAUUCAAGAUAAUCUCCAAAAUGAAUUAUUUGACAUGGAAAUUGACCGAUCACAGGCUUCCGGAUCAUUUCUAGUUAAUUCCGCUCUCCGAGUGUAUCAGGGAGUUCAAAAUAUUGCCGUAAAGAUCUCCCCCAAGAAUAGUAGAAGUGAGACAUACCUCCUCAUCAAUAGUCACUUCGAUUCUGAAUCGGGACCUGGUGCCGGUGAUGCGGGAUUCAUGAUAGUCACGAUGAUGGAAGUUCUACGAGUUAUUGCCACAUCGAAGCAACCGAUUCAGCAUCCAAUAGUCUUCUUGUUCAAUGGAGCCGAGGAAGGCGGACUUCAAGCUUCGCAUGGAUUUAUAACAACUCACAGAUGGGCGCCGUUCUGCAAGGCCGUUAUCAACCUUGAUGCUGCGGGGAGUGGAGGUCGGGAUGUUCUAUUCCAAAGCGGCCCCAAUCAUCCAUGGCUAGUGGAAUACUACAAAAGAUACAUCAAACAUCCUUUUGCCACAACCAUGGCUGAGGAAAUCUUUCAGGCAGGAAUAAUUCCAUCCGACACAGACUUUCGACAAUUUAAAACUUAUGGCCAAAUCCCAGGAUUGGACAUGGCUCAGUGCAUUAACGGAUUUGUAUAUCACACUAAGUAUGAUACCAUUAAUGUAAUCCCACGCGAAUCAUUGCAAAAUACAGGUGAUAAUAUUCUGGGAUUGGUGCGCGGAUUAGCUAAUGCAACUGAAUUAAAUAAUACAGCGGCACACAGGGAUGGACAUGCUGUAUUCUUUGAUUUUCUUGGGGUUUACUUCAUACAUUAUUCCGAGGCUACUGGCAAAUACAUAAACUUUGGAGUCGCUGGAACUAUUUUUAUUUUGAUUAUUGUUUCAAUGUGGCGAAUGGCAAAUGUUUCUCACGUCUCAUAUUCUUAUAUUAUUCGUUGGUUCAUCCUCUUACUUGGGAUUCAGAUUUCUUCCUUCGUACUUGCUCUAACUCUUCCGAUUUUGAUCUCAUACGUUAUGGAUUCCUUUGGCUUAUCACUGACUUACUAUAGCACUCCACUCUUAGUAUUUGGAUUAUAUGUGUGUCCCUCACUUAUUGGACUUACUGUGCCCUUAACCAUCUUCUUUAGUCUUCAGCGUAACGAUAAGCUUUCAAAUCAUUAUCAUCUUCAGUUGGCAUUACACGGUCAAGCCGUAAUACUGGCUCUUGUAACUGUUUGUCUAACGCUACUAGAUAUCCGAUCAACAUAUAUUUUUGUAAUUCCCUUAGGAUUUUAUGCAACUUCUUUGGUACUGAAUUUAAUGACCAUUUUACAUGAUCUUGGAUAUGCGUGGAUAGUUUUGCUGAAGACAAGCCAAAUUAUUCCAUUUUUGUAUAGUAGCUACGUCUUUUAUAUAUUAACUGUCGUGCUGAUACCGAUGGGUGGACGAACCGGCACAUCUUCAAAUCCAGAUAUAAUUAUUGCAGCCUUGGCGGCUCUGGGAACAGUUCUCUCCUUAGGUUUCUUGGUUCCGCUAAUCAACACUUUCCGUCGACCAAGUUUAGGGAUAUUUGCUCUACUAGCAGUCACAGCACUCUCAGUGCUCUUGGCCUGCAGCACACAAUUAGGAUUUCCCUAUCGACCGAAGACCAAUGGACAACGGAUUGCAUAUUUAGAAGUACGAAACAAGUUCUAUGACUACGAUGGCCAGUUAACUAAGGACGAAUCGGGUUACUUGAUGAUGUUCGAAGAUCGCCGUCGAGAGCAACCUCUUCUGGACUCUAAUGUUAAUCUGUCUGGCAUGGUUAGCCUGAAAUCGAGAUGCGAGAGGCACAUGAUGUGUGGGAUGCCUUUGAUUAACAAUCGCUGUUUAGUUCAUUCCGAAUGUUCUUGGAUUCCUCGUUCAGAGCCAGUUGAGCCUCCACAACCAACCACAUUGGAGUUGCUACGGAAAACUGUUAUUGAAGCUACAACUUUGCGCUUUGAGUUCAAUUUGACUGGCCCCAUUAAUAUGAGAUUGUUUAUAAAACCCGAAGAAGAUGUAACGAUUAACAACUGGUCAUUCUUGAGAACUUAUUUGGAUAACCCUCCAUCAGCAGGAAGACCGUAUCAGAUUUAUUUUAAAUACGCAUUUGAUCGCUCGCCUUUACACUUCUUUAUUGAACUUUCGGUGAAAAGAAGAGAACCAAUGCAUAAUCCUUCUUCACAGAAAUUAAACACAGAAUUUGAUGUUCCGCUAUUCCAAAUAGGAGUCUCUGCACAAUAUAUUGUCGAUGAGGGCGAUGACCAAAGCAAAGAGUUUGCAUCGACAUUUCCCUCGUUUUCCAAUUUAGAGCACUGGCCUGCUUUUUAUCAAAGCUUCAUCUAUUAGAUUUUAUCAAAACAAUUCGGAUCUAGUUUUAUUUAUAACAUGUUAUUUACAAAUAAAAGUAAAAUCAAAUGGUUUUGUUUACGAUAUGGGAACGUUUACACAGUAUUUUGCUGAGUAAUAUUUAUAACUUAUUCUACAAUUGUGAUAUGCUAUUAUGCAUAUUUAUAUCAUAUCAAGUAUUGCAUUGUACUCGGAUUGUUUGGCUAUAAAAAAUACUGCCUGACAAUAAUCAUAAAUUCGCUAUCAAGCUUUUUUGGAUUGAAUACUAAUUGUAAAAUAUUAUCACAAUAUCUAUAGUAUAGUUUCUAUGCGCAAUGAAUGCUAUUUUAGGCGAUGAAGUGUGUCUUCGACCAUUUUUAAAUAUUUAAAUUAUUUA